UACCACCUCCUGUCAUUCUAGCUGUUAGCAUUACAGGAGGUUAGCGCGUAACAUUAGGUUAUCUCGAAAACGGCUUUUACCACUCCGACUUAUGAGGAGGUUAAGUUUAUUGCAAGGUUAGGAGAUAUAUCUAGGGGAAUUUUAUGAAGACGGUUGGCCGAACGUAUAAAUGAUCUAAAAUUGGGUUAUUUGUAAAUGUUUGUAAACAACUUUUUGACAAGUGACAUUUCUUAGCGAUUGUCGUUGUGUAGUUGUCGUGAUUAGAAAACUAAGAGAAAAUGGCUAUGGAUUCCAUUCAAUCAACUUCAGGCGACAAAAAACGUCCGCGAUCAGUUAACUUUAAAAUGGAAGAGGUCGAUUUAUUGAUCGAAUUGAUCUCCGACCGAAAAAAAGUUAUUGAAAAUAAAAAAAGUGAUACCGUCACCUGGAAAGAGAAACAAAAUGUGUGGGAGGAGAUAGCGGCAACGAUGAGCGCUACAACGGGAGUAGCAAGGGACUCAAAAUCGUUGCGCACAAAGUAUGAAUUUUUAAAAAAAACCGUUCGCAAAAAAUGUGCGGACAUGAAACAGGAACAAAUGAAAACUGGUGGAGGUCCUUGUUCCGAAAUACAACUCACACCUAUCGAAGAAAAAAUUAAAGGUAAAUUUUAACACUUUGCC